AUGAUCCGUGCAUCAGUUGAAGAGCAAAGUUGUUUUUAUAACAAUUGUUUAAUGUUUUCUGUUACAAUUAUGAAGUCACCAAUUGAAAAACUAUUAUUAAUAUUUGUUUUAUGUAUCAUUUCAUCUUCAUAUAUACUGAACGUUAAGGCAGAGAACAAAGUUACAGUAAAUAGUAUUAAAAUCGAUGUCUCAAAUGAAGAUGUACUCGAAUCUUGGGAUGCUGGUAUUUCAAAUAAUCUCAUUAAUACAACGCCUAAGAUAAAAAAGGAUUGUCCGAGUAUAUUAGAAAUGGAUAUCAAAAUAUAUCAAGAUGAUCAAUUGGUAAGCCAAAUGACAAAGCAGUCAGAAAAACCAUUCAAGGAUUUGGAAAAUGCUAAUUUUUGCGCAUCAGUUGAAUAUAUAGAUGAAGAUGAUGGAUGUUCUGCUGCACCGGGUGAACAAAAUGCUUCAGAUUGCGAUAUAAGCUCGAUGUUCAACAGUAUGAAUCCUGGAAAUUACAAAACUGUAUGCGAAAUGAAGGAAAAUGACACUGAAUUCGCUACUGUGACAUUGGAGGUAACAGUAGAAGCUGAAUAAAAGUAAUAUAAUUAAUGUCUGAUAUCACUGAGGAUUAUUAUUACAUUUAUUUUGAUAUUUACAACAUUUAACAUUACUAAAUAUAUGUAUGAUUACUUAUUAUUUGUUUAAUAUUGCAACAGUAAGUGAUUUUAUCUUUCAAAUUAAAUAAAAAUAUUAGCAUGGUUAUUAUAUAACUCUUCAGUUUUAUGUAAACUUCCUCUUCCAAAGAUAAAGAUAUUUUAUAAAUUUUAAGAAACAAUAUUUUAACAAUUUUCAACAUUUUAUUUUUAAUUAUAAAUACAUAUAUAUUUAAUUUUCAUUAUCUUUAACUGGACACAUUUCAAAAAGUUCAAUAAAUUGACUUGUCUUUGAAAAAGAAAGAUAAUAACAAAGCAAGAAAUGAAGAUACAAAAGAAGAAUGCUAACUCUACUUAUAUUCUCAAAUUUUUUUUUAUCAAAUAUAUUCUUUUUUUCUGGCAAAAUAUUUUUGAUAUUUGAUUGAAAUGUUUUCUUCUUUGAAUCAUCAAGUAUUUUCUACUGU